AUGUCUCGAAGGAAGAUUUCGUCGGAGUCCUUCAGCUCCUUGGGCUCCGACUACCUGGAGACGAGCCCCGAGGAGGAGGGGGAGUGCCCCUUGUCUAGGCUCUGCUGGAACGGCAGCCGGAGCCCGCCCGGGCCGCCCGAGCCCAGCGCGGCGGCCGCCGCCGGCCCGACCCCGGCAGCCGCCGCCGCCCCGACCCCGGCAGCCGCCGCCGCCACCGCCGCCACGGCUGGGGCCAGGAGAGCGCAGCGCCGGAGGCGGGUCAACCUGGACUCUCUGGGAGAGAGCAUCAGCCGCCUGACGGCGCCCUCGCCCCAGAUGAUACAGCAAACUCUCAAGAGGACAUUGCAGUAUUAUGAGCACCAAUUUACUGGUUAUAGGGAUGUAGAAAAGAAUUUCUACAAUAUUUCUAACAGAUGCUCCUAUGCAGACCAUUCCAACAAAGAAGACAUUGAAGAUGUCUCAGGAAUUCUUCAGUGUACUGCUAACGUACUCGGUUUGAAGUUUGAGGAAAUUCAAGAAAGAUUUGGUGAGGAGUUCUUUAAUAUAUGCUUUGAUGAGAAUGAGAGAGUCCUUCGAGCUGUAGGUGGCACGUUGCAGGACUUUUUUAAUGGCUUUGAUGCUUUGUUGGAACACAUUAGAACUUCUUUUGGAAAACAGGCCACUCUGGAGUCACCAUCAUUCCUAUGCAAAGAGCUCCCUGAAGGUAAUCUUAUGCUCCACUACUUCCACCCUCACCACAUUGUGGGGUUUGCAAUGCUUGGAAUGAUUAAGGCUGCAGGAAAGAAAAUCUAUCAGCUGGAUGUAGAAGUGGACCAGGUUGCAAAUGAGAAACUGUGCUCUGAUGGUUCAAACCCAGGCAAUUGUAGUGGUCUUACUUUCCUUAUCAAACAAUGUGAAAAUACUAGUAUCACGAAGAACCUUCCACAGGGAACCUCCCAAGUUCCUGCGGACCUCAGAAUUAGCAUCAACACCUUCUGCAGAGCCUUCCCUUUCCAUUUGAUGUUUGACCCCCACAUGACAGUCCUUCAGCUGGGGGAAGGCCUAAGGAAGCAGCUGCGAUGUGACACUCACAAAGUGCUCAGGUUUGAGGACUGCUUCGAGAUUGUUUCUCCAAAGGUUAAUGCCACCUUCGAAAGGGUUCUGCUGCGACUGUCCACGCCAUUUGUGAUUAGGACCAAGCCUGAGGCUUCUGGCACUGAGAAUAAAGACAAGGUGAUGGAAGUUAAAGGACAAAUGAUCCAUGUCUCAGAAUCAAAUUCUAUUUUAUUCUUGGGUUCUCCAUGUGUGGACAAGUUGGAUGAACUCAUGGGACGAGGGCUGCAUCUCUCGGACAUCCCUAUCCAUGAUGCUACCCGAGAUGUAAUUUUGGUUGGUGAGCAGGCAAAGGCCCAAGAUGGCUUGAAGAAGAGGAUGGAUAAAUUAAAAGCAACUUUAGAAAGAACUCACCAGGCCCUAGAAGAAGAGAAAAAAAAAACAGUGGAUCUUCUAUAUUCUAUUUUCCCUGGUGAUGUAGCCCAGCAAUUGUGGCAAGGGCAGCAAGUGCAAGCCAGAAAGUUUGAUGAUGUCACCAUGCUCUUUUCAGACAUUGUUGGCUUCACAGCCAUAUGUGCCCAGUGUACCCCCAUGCAAGUAAUCAGCAUGCUGAAUGAACUGUACACAAGAUUUGACCACCAAUGUGGAUUUUUGGAUAUUUAUAAGGUGGAAACAAUAGGUGAUGCAUACUGUGUUGCUGCAGGGCUCCACAGAAAAAGCCUCUGCCAUGCUAAACCCAUUGCUCUGAUGGCCCUGAAGAUGAUGGAACUUUCUGAAGAGGUGCUGACACCUGAUGGAAGACCAAUUCAGGUAAGCCUCUCAAUAGUUUGGUUUGAGUAUCCAUUCUCUAUAAUGACUAUCCCUGACCUCAAUGGCUCACAAACUAGCCUGGGACCUCAGCAGAUGAGAAUAGGCAUUCACUCAGGCUCUGUGCUGGCUGGAGUUGUUGGGGUAAGAAUGCCACGAUAUUGCCUGUUUGGAAAUAAUGUCACUCUGGCAAGCAAAUUCGAAUCGGGAAGUCACCCUCGACGCAUCAAUGUCAGCCCAACCACUUACCAAUUAUUAAAACGAGAAGAAAGUUUCACAUUCAUUCCUCGGUCCCGUGAAGAGCUUCCAGACAACUUUCCAAAGGAAAUCUCUGGGGUCUGCUACUUCCUGGAGGUAAGAACUGGUCCUAAGCAGCCAAAGCCUUCUCUUUCUUCAUCGAGAAUAAAAAAAGUUUCCUACAACAUUGGCACAAUGUUCCUCCGGGAGACAAGCCUCUGAGACCUGCUACAGAUCAAAGACUCCUCCAAAAAGCACAAGCCCAGAACAUGGAUCAUGACAGGAGAAUGGAAAGAUUGUUUAUCUUUCACUGCUUUGUGGAGAAAAAGCAGUGGAAUUUCUGUUAUGUCAGGCAAUAAUUCUAGAAAAAGGAGGGUGAUGACUGUCAAUAAAAAACUGGAGGGCAAAGGGGAAAUAAGAUGUAUUCAUUCUUAUGAGUGUUUUUGGUCAUAUAUAUAUUAUGUAUAAUAUAUAUAUGUAUUCUAAUUAAUUAAAAGU